GAGAGACAGGUGCACUUGGUGAUUUUGAGAAGACCAAGCCAGUCCCGCCACCGCCCCCUGCUGCUGGAGCUGGGGAUGUCUGCAGCUCUGAGAUGUCGCCUGGUGAUGCAACCCAACACUCCCUCUUUGCCUCUCAGGAAAAGUUCUUCCAGGACCUGUUUGACAGUGAGCUGGCGUCGCAGGCCACGGCGGAAUUUGAGAAGGCCAUGAAGGAGCUGGCUGAGGAAGAGCCCCACCUGGUAGAGCAGUUUCAGAAGCUGUCUGAGGCAGCGGGCAGAGUUGGAAGUGACACGACGUCCCAACAAGAGUUCACCUCCUGUCUGAAAGAGACGCUCAGCGGCUUGGCCAAGAAUGCCAACGACUUGCAGAACUCCAACAUGUCGGAGGAAGAGCUGGCGAAAGCCAUGGAAGGCCUGGGCCUAGAAGAGGGCGACAGUGAGGGGAAUAUCUUGCCCAUCAUGCAAAGCAUCAUGCAGAAUCUCCUGUCCAAGGAUGUCCUCUACCCCUCCCUCAAAGAGAUCACGGAAAAAUACCCAGAGUGGCUGCGCAGCCACCGUGACACCCUGCCUGAAGAGCAGUUCGAGAAGUACCAGGAGCAGCACAGCAUCAUGGGUAAAAUCUGCCAGCAGUUUGAGGCUGAGCAGGCUACGGACAGUGACGCUGAGCAGAAAGCUCGCUUCGAAAUGGUGUUGGAUCUCAUGCAGCAGCUCCAGGACCUGGGCCACCCUCCCAAGGAGCUGGCCGGAGAAUCGCCACCUGGACUGAACUUUGACCUUGAUGGACUCAACAUGGCAGACACAGCCAGCGCUGGAGGCGACCAGUGUCGGAUCAUGUGAUCGCCGCCUGCGGCCAACUGACCCAAAGGAAGGGGUGUGAUGGGUCUAGGCGGGGGGAACAGCUCCCUGGAAAUGCUGCAGUGCCCAGAGCACGCCACGUUCAUUAACAUGCAAUUAAAAAUCCAGAUAGGAUGAGACUUUCAGCAAGACUAACGAGAUGCCAGUUGACAAGGGAGCACACCCGGCAGCGAUGCCUGGAGCUCUCUGACCAUGUGAUUCCUCCCCAAUGCCUCAGAGCUAGGAGUCCCCCAAACUGGUGUUCUCAUUCUAUAUAUUUAGCCUCUGGGGGGCUGGAGUCCCAUGGAGCAGCCCCAGUUGUUCGGGGGUCUCUCUUGGAGUGGGGGGCCAGUUGCUGUUUGCCUGUGUGGCUUGAAAUCCAGUCCUGGGACAGGAGUCACCAGCUUCCCCUUGGCCCGAGAGCUUUUGAUCCAGGCCUCUUCCUGCUACAUCUGAUCCCCUGGGACUGGUGUGUGUGUGGCAGGGAGGAGGGUCUGCUGUAGCUGAGCUAACCCCUAGGCCGGUCUCUGCCUCCUGUGCGCCCAGGCUGUGAGUGACUGAGCCAGUCCUGCCUGGGGGAGAGAGUGGAUGGGACCAUCAAAGGACCUUGGUUGCUGUGGUGCCAUUAGCAACACUCGCACACCCUGCUGCUGCUGAAAUGGGGAGCUAGGCCUGCACUGAACUCUGUUCCUUUUCUCUCACUCACUCCCCUUGGCUCUGAUUUCAGCAGUCAUCUAAAGGCUGGUGCCCUGCCAGUGGCCAGCUCUGCUAGAGCAGCCGCUGUCUGACUCCCUGGCCAGCGGCUGAGAGUGCCUUGCACGACCCUUCCCUUAGACCCAAACUCCAGUCACUGCCCUGAUCCCCCAUGACACUUCUGCAUCCAGCUGUCUACUACAAGCCGGUCUCCUCUGAUCCCCUCUCAAUAAUGUGCAACCUGUGCAGGCCUCCCAGGGACUGGGGAUCUGCCACGAAUUUACACUACCCCUCUGGAUUUGCUUUCCACUACCCUCCCACCUGCAGACCCCACGCAGUAUGUGCUGGUGAGCCCCCUGAAUUUCUCCAAAUGCCCCCUUACAGGCAGCUGCACGGAGCCCCUUGCCAUGGAAGCUCUCCCAGAAUAAUUUGCCACCCGCACUCAGCUGUCUCUCCUCUCCCUCCACCCAAAGUUGUAAUUAACACCUGGCAUUAAUUAACUCAGAGCUCUCCUUGUGAGCUGCCAGAGUGCCAGGUGGAGACUGAGCAUUCUAGGGGAACGGUUCCACUUUGCCCUGGCUAAGCUUAGGAAUGCUGAUCCCUUUGGAGCGGCUUGUGAAAACCCUGCUGGCUGCUUCCAGAUCCUGUUGGGGUGCUGCUGCCCCUCCCCUGCCGGGUGCCUCCUUGGACCUGGGCUUCCUGUCUGGAGCUGGGGCAGAAGCGAUCGCCAAGGCAACACUGGCAGUUACCAACUCUGGGUUGUGAAUUUCCCCUCUCCCCUGUUGGCAGAACCUGAUUGUACACAAUGGGCUGUCUAACUUCCCCAAAUAAAGGUGGUGGCAAUCUCCUCGGC